AUGUCAUCAUCACAAAACAAAUUGCGAGGCUAUUUCAAUUUGGAAACAUCCAAAGGAACCAUCCGAAUUAUGGAAAAUUAUGAAGUCGGAACGUGUGGUUCAAGACUCUGGUCAUCAGCACCAGUACUCUGCAAAUAUCUUGAAAAACAUGCCAAUAAAUUAAAACUCACCUCCUUUCGGAACAUCUUGGAAGUGGGAGCUGGAUGUGGGAUUUCAUCCAUUCUACUCGCAAAAUUAGGAUGUUCACGAGUAGUCGCCACGGAUCGAGAAAUUGUACUUCCAAUUCUGAAACAAAAUGUUCUUUAUAAUUGCAAUGAAGUUGCCAAUAAUAUUUCAUGUGAAGAAUUGGAAUGGUUAUGGGCAUGUCCAACAAAUACUUUGGAUAAUGACGAGCAUGUAAAGAAAUUGAAAGAAUUUAGAAUGAAAACAACAGGAUCGGAAGAUGGCACUUUUGAUUGUAUUAUUGGAAGUGAUGUGGUUUAUGAAGAGCCUUGCAUUGAGCCAUUGUUGAAAUUAUUGACAGAAUUAUCAUCCGCUUCGACUUUGAUUUUCAUUGCUUAUGAGAUUCGUAAUGACACAGCUCAUGAACUCUUUCUUGAAAAAGCAUCCAAACUCUUUUCCUUAAAGAAAAUACCAACCAAACAACAAAAUUCUGAAUGCAUGGAUGAACGAGUUCUUAUUUAUCAACUCAAAAAGGAGUAG